CCAGAAGAGAUCAGUACUGCUGACAAUGAUAGUAAACCUGAAUUUGUUCCCGGGGGCUUUGGUUCAUACCAACAAAACAGUGACUUUGUUGGUACUCUUGAUGAUAUUCCUGCUGCACUUGUUGUUAAACUUGUUGCCAGGCCACUUGGUGAAAAAAUUUCGUCUAAUGUUUUUUGGAAUAUCAUUCUCAAGCAAAAAGUUCCAGUGACAACAAGUCUUGUAGCAGUCAUGGGUUUACCUAGCUCUGGAAAAACAAAAGUUUUGGAAUCCAUUCUCAAGCAAAAAGUGCAAUUGAAAGCUGGAGCAAGAAUUGAUCAUUACCUUGAAAGAAAGAAAAAUGAACAGUGUCUGUCAAUAUAUGAGCUGUGUGCUCUUGGCAGUUCACGACAUGACAUGUAUGCCUGGUCCUUUGCUACUAAGCGCUAUGGGGCAAUCUUUUCAAUUCUUUGUGGUCUGAUUCGUCGGUACCCAAUUGUAUCAAAAAUUGAGUUUGAAUUUGGAGAUCAAAAGUCAGAGUCUGUCAUUGACCAGCAUGUUCAAUGGUUGAUGCUUAAUAUUCAAGAUUUACUUAAAAAAAUUAAAGAUGAGUCGGACAAGCUGACUCUCAUUCAAGAUGGAGUUUCUCUUAUUAACGUAAUGGAUGUUGGCGUCAACAAAGCUCUUUACGACUUUUUAUCUAUGAUGCUUCUUUCUUGUGGCAGACACAUUCGCCUUGCUUUCUUUUCAUUGAAUAGAGAUGGGGCUAAACUGAAUGAGAAACCUGACCUACCUUCUAAUCGCUAUGGAGAAAGAAGAGAUGAUGUAUUAGUUAUGCAGCAAAGGUCACGACUCGCAUAUCUCCUCCAUUUUGCUACAGUUGGUUACACCACAAAAGACCAGCAUGAACAAGAAACAAAGAAUGCUACAGUUAUGAUUGCAACAAGGAAAAGCUCAGCAACAGGAAGCACACCUUCUUUGGAUCAAGCCAAAGAGGAAAUAAUUGAGCAAGCAAGAUCAAGAGGUGUAGACCAGUUUCUAAAGACCUGGAUACUAAUCGAUAUUGAUGACAAAAAAUCCAUUACAAAAGAAUUUGGGCAAAAGAUGGAAGAUAUUAUCAAGAACAAAUACGAGCAGCUCACGAUACAGCUUCCCCUUCGAUGGAUAUUUUUGAGGAGUCUUGUAGUGUCACUGGACAGUAACGAAACAAAGGCAAUUAUCCUGCCCAAGAAAUAUAUCAUAGAAAUGGCAGACAAGCUGAUGAUGAAAGAGGAUGAAGUUGAAGAUUUUCUAAAAACUUUCACAGAUUUUGGCAGCAUUCUUUACAUGCCUCAGUAUGAUGAUAUUAAAGAUAUUGUCAUUGUCAAUAUUUGGGAGUUCACUCAGUACCUGAACAAAAUUUACUAUCCUCAGGAAGGAGAACCAAAUGCUCUCAAUCUGCUAAAGUAUGGAAUCAUAUCGGAAUCAUCUGUGAAGAAAAUCUUCUACAAGUAUCCUGAUAAAUUUGCUGAAAAUUUCAUGAAAGUUCUUACGACUAUUGGGAUGUCCUCUAAAAUCAAUAGUGGUCGGUCUAUUCUUGUUGACAAGAAUCCUCUUUUGCCUGAAGUACACUAUUAUUUACCACUAGCAAGAAUCCGUGAAGUGUACGCAGCACCAGAAGAAGAGAUUGAUUAUGCUUUCAUUGAGAUAGAGAGUGUCAACUUCCCAGCCAAUGUACAAGCUGGCAUUAGCUAUGCCAUUAUGAAGAAUAAUGAUGAUGCUGUUCUUAUUGCCACAGACUACAGCAAUGUCUCACGAUUUUUAUUCCAAUCCAAGAGUGGUCCUUCCAUUACAAUAGAGAUGAUAUACAAAGGAAGCAAGACAAUAUUAAGAAUACUGAACAGCUCUAGUGACAUAGACCUACUCACAUCUCCAGCAGCAGUUGAAGCAUGUUACAAAGUAAUUACUGCUUCAUGCUGGUGUCUUCAAAGAAAAAUUAAUACUAUACGAGACCUCAAAUACAGUUUUGCUGUUCCCUGUGCAUCAUUUAAAAAUGCCUGUCAUUUUCUUUAUUUUGGUCGUGACCCUCAAUUUUGUGAUGCUUGUUUAGAUAAAAAUAAUUUAAGAUUCUGCUGGAGCACAGCAGCAAAGCAGUGUGAAUUGUUAAGCAAAGGUAGUGAAGCAAGAAUGAAUGAAAAUAAAUCACUCAAAUUUGAAGAUAUUUCUAGUAUUAUUACAAACAAAUAUGAUUUUGAUGCAUUAAAAAAAGCACUGAACAUUGAUGAAAGUAAAUUAUUAAUUAGUCCAGAAGAUGAUGACAGCAGGAAGAAAGCAAUGAUGUGGAUGCUACUUUUGUGGGAAGGACAAACAGAAAAUCCUACUAAAUAUUCUCUGUUAAGCACACUAAGGGAAAAUGGGUGCGAUAGUAUUGCUGUAAAACUAGAAAGUCUCAAUUCUCAGAAAAAUGAUCAAGAAAUUGUAGAGAAAAAGAAAUCUUUACUUGAGCAGGAUCAAUUUAGCAAUAAGAAGACUGUAAGUGUGUCCGCUGAAAUCCCUUCAAUAGAUAAUUUGGAAUGUCUGAGUGAUGUUCAGGUAGCAGAGAAGAAGCUGUUCUUAAUUCAAGGAGACAAACCUCAACUGAUGAAUUGGGAGAAAUAUGGUCUAAGGAUUGGAGUGCAAGAAGGAAGCCUAUUGUCCUCUGAGACAGUAGAAGCAGCAGUGGUUGCUCUUGUAGGAGGACAGUUCCAGUUUCCUCCUAAUACUGUCCUAGUGAGUGCUGUGUAUGCAGUAUCACUCUCAAAGCCUCUCCUCAAACGACUCAAGUUAGAGAUACAGCACUGUGUUGAUUUAACAGGACAACCAGAUCUCGCACAAUACUUAAAGUUUGCUAUAGCUCCCAUGAGCACACCCAGUCUUCCUUACCAGUUUAAAUUAGUUGAGGGAGGAGAGUUUAGCUCUAAUGGUGGGUAUGGAUUCAUUGAGCGUAAAGAUUUCUGUUUGGUGUGCAUACUGGGAUUGCUAAUAGUAUCUAUGACUGGAGGAGGAGGAGGAGGAGGAGGUCAGCAGCAACAAGGAACAGGAUCUCAAGGAGCAGGUAUAGUACCAGCUCAGGGAGGAAAUGCACCAGUCCCUCACCAACAACCAGUAGUUAACCCACAAAUCCAAGGAGAGCAGUCACAAGAAGGGGAUCAAUCACAGUCACAAGAAGGAGAACAGGAACAAGGAGGAGAUGCACUGACAGUACUAGCCCAGCAACAGCAAUCAGGAGCUAAUGAACAAACCAAUGGACAACAAGGAGAGGAGGGACAAGAGAGACAGGAAAAACAAGAGCAGUCGCAACAACAAGGAUAGCACCCAGAAGAAUCUCAGUUGCAGA